AUGUCAUCAGAAGCACAACAAGAGAGUGAUGAAAAGAGUAUCAAGUUGCCAGUCGUCGGGGAUGCGAGCUUUGUAACAUCAGACGAAACACCAAUCCUCAUGGGAUUUUCUCUGACUGACCCGGCAAAAAUCACUCGCACGGAAUCUACAGGUUCGGAAAGCUCUAAAACAGAGAAAUUAAGGAAUUCUCUGAAGUUCAAGAAUCCUGGAAGAUUACUUGAAGAAUUUAACCCUGAUACAAGUCGCCGUGAAAUGCGAAAAUUAAACAGACUGAUCAAAAAGGACCCUGCUAACCGAGCGAAAAGGAGACAAAGGCAAAGAAGACGGCCCCAGAAACAGACUUUCCACGACCGAUCAGGUGUUCGAAUGUCCGAUGGAAGAGAUGUGUGUGAUUGUCAAGACACUAAUUGUCCCGGUUGCCAUUUUCCUUGUCCUUCUUGUGGAUCAGAAAAGUGUGGUGUUGAAUGUCGCUGUGAUCGACAAUGGACUUACCUAAAAGAUGUGGAAAUUGAGAAUCCGCUACCAAGUGUUUCUCGGAGAUUGGGAAAUCGCUAAAAUCCACGCCUCUCUUCACAAGAACAGUAUUUAUGAAAGAGCUUAGCUAUACGGGGGUUUGGGUCCAAGUGGGCUUCUGAAUUCCUCUCUUUUGUGAUGAAUUAAUGGAUAAAUGAUCAAUGAUAAUUCCACACGGAAUGCAUACAAAUGUCAAAACCCUGGUUUAGAACCCUAAUGGACCCUGCGUUUGCCCCUUUUAUUUACAAACAUAGUAAGACUUUUACGGGUUUUCCAGGGUGAUCUAAGUUUAUAGGUAUUGUAACCAUGUAAGAGUGUUUUAAACCAUGGUGUACUUAGUAAACCAAAACUGAUAAGUUCUUGGAGAAGAAGUGAUCCUGACUUUUUUCAUAGAGUGUUUAAGAGCACAGGUAAAGUGGAUAAUAUUUCUUUGUUUGCCUUUCACAGAAAAUAUAGUGUUUCUCUUUUCCCAGAGAUUUGAACACAAUUAUAUUAUUAUUAUUAUUAUUAUUGAUCAAUCCAUUUCUCAAACAAAACUGAUGUUCAUCAUAUGACAUCUAUUUAUUUGGCGAUAUACUCAAAGUAAGUUCUAUCUUUGUAGGAUAAAUAAUAUGACUCAAGAAAUAUUAAAGAAUCCUUGUGGUUCAUUUUUGUGGUGGAUUAAAUGUAACAGUAUGUUGGGUCACAAUUGUAUUUUCAUUACAUUUAAUAAGGCUAAGCUUAAGAUCCAAGUAGAGACACUGAAACAAAAGUUAAAAUUCUGUAAAGUAAUUUAUUAUAUUUAUAAGAUAAAUAUAUUAUCUCUAGUCAUAAAGCCUCAUGAUGGAAUACAGCAAGCAUUAGUGCAUUUAACUGCCAAGGUCCAAUAAUUACUUCUCCCAACUGACUCCUACACGAUUCCUUGAAAAUUAGCAUGAAGAAUUUGGUGUUUUAUCAAGAUAACACCCUCAAGCUGAUAAGUUCGUCUGUUUUCAUAGCCUGUAUGCAAGAUAACAUAUUGGAAUCUCUAAUAUAAGUAACAUAUCAAUCACCGCUAGGAGUAAGAGGGUAAAAAAUUUUUUUUUCUAUCUCCAUAAUAUGUACAGGCAAUUGCGCCUUGCGAAAAUAACAUUUUCUUGUUUAAUUAUCUCUUUUUAUAAUUUGGCGGUUAAAAAGUUUCCUCAGAAAAACUUCAUCAGACGGCUAUAUGCAAAUUUUCCUGUUCCGCGAUAAGGCUUGGCCACCAAGGCUAUUAGAUCUCGCGCAUACUCUAAUCGUUCUCUUUUCACUGUGGUCGCCAUCUUGGAGAAGAAAGUGAGUAGUGUGAAAGCAAUCCACAGAAAUUUUAAACCAUCCAUUCACUACUUGGCGAAUUUUCAAUAAAAUGAAAAAUUUUGAAUAUCAUAUAACUUCCUACCGCGAAAAUUUUUUCAGCGAAACUUAAAGAAAUGCAAGAAAAUGCCUUGUACAAUGUUGUUACCUUUUCAUACCAAUUUGUCACGUUAGACGCAGUUUCUGUGAAAUUUAUCUAUUAUUUUACCUUGCUUAUUGAAUUCCUUUUAAAGCCUUUCUGUGAAGCAAGCUUUAUCCACAAUUCUGGAAUGUAUUUUGAUUUCAAAGCCCCUCUCAUGGUGAAUGACGUUCAGAAGACUGAAUUUUUAAAUCAUUCGUCUUGCUCGCUGAUUUUUAAAGGAUGUUGAUCCCCAAGAAAAACCGAAUAGCUAUAUACGAGUACCUCUUCAAGGAGGGGGUCAUGGUGGCCAAAAAGGAUUUUAAUCUCGCCAAGCAUCCUGAGAUUGAGGGAGUUCCAAACUUGGAGGUCAUCAAAGCUGCUCUGGUAUGAAAAUCAGUAAUAUACGAAGGUUUUGUUUUGCUAGAACGAUACAAAUUGAUAAUUUUGAUACUCGAUAAAAUUGAUCGUAAUCGAUUAAUAUCAAUUAUCUAUAAAAAUCGAUGGCGAAAGUUUGUGGUUAUCAACGGAAAGGCGCCAACGAAAUACUGGAAAUCUGCGGAGAUAGCUAGAAAUGGUGACUCUUAAGUAUUUCGGCUGAUUAAUUCACCCAGGCUGAUUCAUGGCAAGAAUAGUCGUAGAAAUUCCACACGUGAAGUGACUCAGCCUAGUUUCUUUUGGUAGAGGUACAACACGUUCAUCAGAGUAUACAUGUUUUUCACUGUUUUUUCUGUGUGCUAUGUUUGUGUGAGCUCCAGUUUUAUAAAUUGCUUCAAAUGGGAAUGAGUCAUCACAAAUUAUGGUCAAGGAUGGGAGAGGUUUUUACUUUUCCGAUAAGACAAACCCUUACUUAAUUCUUAGUUAAUGUUCAUUUGUUCUCUCAGCCAAUCAAAUUGAUAUCAUAGGUAAUCUGGGCCUAAAUCUUGUGGUUAUUGAUACUUAUUGCUUAUUUUGGCUAAUCAUAACCAUUACAAUUUCUGCAAAUGUGAUUGGUGCACUAGCUGCUUCAUUUUUCAGUAAUCAUUCUAUAGAGUUGUAAUCAGACAGUGUAAUUGAACAGUUAGCCAUAAUUGGACACCUGUGUGACACACUUUGUGUCGUCCAAUUCUGCCUGUAAUUAUACUUGUGAUUAACAAUUUGGACUCCAGCUUCAUGGUCAUCCAAUUUUGUUAAUCCCUUAUAUUAUUACAGACCGAAUUGGACUCCACUCAGUUGAUCAAAAAUUAUUGCUUAUUAUCGAGUAACAUUGAGUAAUCAAUUAGUUUCUAGCAAUUUGUAACAUCCUGAUUUCACACAUGACAGAGUAUGUAUAGAGUGUUGAAUUUUUGUCAAAGAACAGAAACAUCCGAUCAGAAUAUCAAAACCUGGAAAACAGGGAAAGUGGGAAGAGGUGUGAAGUUUGUCCUAAGCUAAAACAAACGCUCAUGUUGAGAUCUUCAAAAAAUAGCUGAAUUAAUACGAGUUUCUCUGGAAGCAACAAUUAUUUUAUAAAUUAUUCUAUAAUUUUAAUAAUAAAUCAUUAUUUUAUAAAUAGGAAAGCUAAGAAAUUUCAAUUUUAUGGAUAAUCAUUGAAACUUCUCUGCUAUUUUUAGCCUCAUUAUUUGGCUGGAAAGUGUGGUUUUAAAAAAGAAAAAAUGGUUCAGAAAAAGUCAGGAAAAAAAUCUGAUUUUGUAUGCAUAAAUGCAUACAGACCUUUUCAUAAGCUGGGGUGUUGCAACUUGUUGCCAUGUAAAUAAAAUUGUGCUGCUGUUUUGAUGAGGUAUCUCAUUUAGAUGGUGAUGUUAAGGUGUACAUAGGUUUGAUUAUUGUAUUUUUCUUUCAUGAUGUCUGUUUCUUUUAGGAUGAGGGAACAAGUAGAGAAGCUAGACUAUUUUUUGUGGUACUAAUAUGUCUUCAUUUUGUAGUCCCUAAAAUCUCGUGGAUAUGUCCAAGAGAAGUUUUCUUGGCAGUGGUACUACUGGUACCUCACCAAUGAUGGUAAGAAAUUAUUACUAGAACAAGCUAGCAAUGAUGAUGAAGUUUGAUUGAAAUCUGGGAUCAAUAUCAGUAUCUGGGAAACUGCCCACCUACCCCUCCCCUAACCCAACAUUAACCCUAACUUGUUAACAAUUGACUGUUGUUGGGUUAGGGGAGGGGUAAGUGGGCAGUUGCCCAGAUACUGAUAUUGAUCCAAAAUCUGUGCUACUAGACCCUAUUUGUAUGCAACUACCCACUAAGAUAGAUAGCCACUUGUUCAUAGCAAGGCAUAGACAAAUUUUGUUGCAUCCCAAGCCUAAUUUUCAUAAUCUGUGAUUGUUGUACUUUUGUAAUAUUUUUAAAGAAUUGGCCAUGGUUGUUUGAAGACUGGAUAGAUGCUAUCCACUGGAUAUAUCUCUAUUGGUGUACAGUGCAGUAUGUUUUGUUAACAAUUAUUCCAGUUAGCAAUUUAUCUGUUGGAUAGUGUAAUGCACCCUUUACAUAAGUGGGCCCCAUAGUAUAAGGCAUUAUUCAAACUUGAACAGUACUUUCCAAAUUAGGAUUUGCUUUAAAUUUGUCAAAAAAGCUUGCAGUGUGAACUUUAGUUGGGUGCUCAUCACGUUGUGCAACAUGUAGAGAAUUAAUCAUGGAGAUUAUGCAAUGUUAUUUAAUCGGCUUAAUCACACUUUAAAUGACUUGCUUUCAGGAAUCACAUACAUCAGAGAAUUCCUUCACCUUCCUCCUGAGAUUGUACCAGCUACUCUUCGCCGACAAGCCAGGACUGAAACAGCUAGGCCACGACCUAAAGGUGCGUUGGUUUGCAAACCCUUUAACUCUGAGAUUUGAUUGUUAGUUCUUCCCUUAAGCCACUACACAUUUCCUAAGUUAGUGAAAAUGUGCAGAAGAAUCUGGUGUUAUACCAAGACAACGACUUCUACCAGAUAAGUUUGAGUAUUCUCAUUACUGUUUGCUAGAUAAAGCAGGGAUAUUGUAGGGAGAAGCUACAUGUUCAUCACUUCUGGGAGUUAAAGAGUUUAAAGUUAUUGUUGGACCCUCAUAGUUUCCUCUUAGCAAAUUGCUUCUCUACUGAUGAACACUGUUUUGCCUUGGUUGGUAGUCAGCCAAAGUUUUAAAUAAUCUUUAAAUGUUUCAUGAAUUCAAUUCACUGCCACUCACCAAAAAUCACUUAACUGCAAUUUUCAGUGGAGUGAAAAGCAGCAGAAGUUUGGAGAUCACAUUUUGACUUUGAAAUCAUGUUGUUCUCAUGGGUAACUGGCCCUGUUUCCAGUGGCAACAUAUCAUUUGACUUAUUGGUCAGUGGUGCAUGUCUUUUUAGAUUCAGUUACCAUUGGAAACUAGGAAGGCUACCCAUACCAACAGUUAUUUUGCAGUCAAAAUUCUCUCUCCAAACUUUUCUGCACCUCAAUCUAUGGAGUGUCCUAGUUUUUAGUUAAUGUUAGGUUCUAUAUAAACAAUAUCUUCUAUUUGACACAAAAUUAUGCAUGGUCAUUGGACUGCAUACAUUAUCUGUUCCAAGAUGCAAACAGUUUUCUGAGAGCAAAGCUUGAGGAAAACUGUAAGCUUUGAGGAACAGAUCAUGUCCACAGACAAAUACAAAAGCACAUACUUUUGUGCAAAGUUUAGGCUAUUGUGUUCAUUAUCUUUCAAAUAUUCUGCAACACAGGUGGUAAAAUGUUUAUGAAUGGCUUACUGUUUGCUGUGCGAGAUGUUUUUUUUUUAGUGUUCUCUGAUACAACUUAAUGAACAAAAAAAUAUUUCCCUUUUUCUGUAACAACCACAGUACACUCUCUCAUCUUGAAUUAAGUUUCAAACAAAAACUUGUUGUAGGUCUGUAAAUUGGGGAAUAUCACUUGAGUGAUAUCCUCAGAUAUCCCCCAGUUUGAGCUGAGGAAUAUUGGUCACAUGCUGCGUUAGUCAAACAAAAACAUGAUGGAUCAUAAAGUUUAAUAUAGUAUGUCAUGAUAUAGCAAGGUCCAAAAUUAAUUUAUUGGGAACAGAGUGGAAAUAGAACUGCCAGUAUCUUCUUACAACUUCAAUCCUGACUCAUAGGUCCAGACCAACCCCGUGGCCCUCCCUCUGGUGACUCUGCUGACCGUGAGGCUUACAGGCGUGGUCCUGCCCCUGGUAUGGAACCUAAAGGAGGUGCUGGCUCAGACUUCAAGCCUGAAUUUGUAAGUGUUUCCCUUAAACUUAAAGCUUAACAUUUUAGCUCCCUCGAAGGAAACAAACAAAGAGCCAAGUCCUAGCCCCAGCUCUUUAAAGGGUUGAUAAUGCUAUCCAUGGGAUAAAUAUCUCUCUGGUGGAUGACAUAGAAUAUUUUUGUCUAAAAUUAUAUGUUGGAUAGUGAUAUCUGCUCUCUGAAAAACUGGACCCUGUCCUUUUAGUUUUGAACAUGUUACUAAAUAUUAGACACUGUUGGUUAUCAAGUUUCUUGGUUGACCCACCAUCAUUUCAGCUGCAUGUUAAGAUUAGAACUGAUAUUUCGGUAAUUCCCUUUAGAACAAAUGACGAACUUUCCUGAAGGCCAGCUCCAUUGUACAACUCUAAUAGCAUAACAUGCAUAGUGCUUUGUUUAUAAUGUGGGACUUUAUUAUCAUUGAAGCAACCAAAGUCAUUUGUUUUUGGAGACAUUGUUUAUAUUGUAAACCAACACCUUUCUCUGGGUUACCAAUAGUUUUGUUUUUCUUUGAGGGUUAGCAACCUUUUUUUUUUCCCUUCUUUUUCACAGAGGGCUGGUUAUGGUCGUGGCCGUGGUGGAUUUACAGGUUCAACUCAGCAAUGAACAAUUUAACCAAGAUCAUUGUUAAUAGUACAAAAAAAUAAACAUCUUUC